CCAGGUCACACCCCACUGAGUCAGCCAGCCCAGCAGAGCUGCACCUUCAACCUGCCUAGCAAGGAUCUACUCCCUGCCCAGCCCCUUCGAAAAGAGGCCUAAGAAGCAGGGGGCUGGCUAUUUUUUUUUGCUUGUUUGGCUGGUGCAGCAAAGGGAACUUGGCCCUGUGGGUCUCCUCCCCCACUGGCAACUCUCCUCCCAAUUGCUUUCAACUUCCCUGUCUUGGGAGGAAAUUUUGUCCUCCACCUUCCUGGUUUAUCAGAUCGUGGCAAAAAAAAAAAAAAAAAAUCAAACAACCCCCCACCCCCACCCCCUGGCUGUUAAGGAAGCAGGCAAAGACUGAGAGGAGGAUCCCAGGCCGGAGGGGGCCAGGUGUGGCUGGGAGAGAUGGGGACAGCGGAGGAGGAUUAUAACUUUGUCUUUAAGGUGGUCCUGAUUGGCGAGUCCGGCGUGGGGAAGACCAAUCUGCUCUCGCGCUUCACCCGCAAUGAAUUCAACCACGACAGCCGUACCACCAUUGGUGUGGAGUUCUCCACCCGCACCAUCAUGGUGGGCAACGCCAUGGUGAAGGCACAGAUCUGGGACACCGCCGGGCUGGAGCGCUACCGUGCCAUCACCUCAGCGUAUUACAGGGGAGCAGUGGGCGCCCUCCUGGUUUUUGACAUCACCAAGCACCAGACCUAUGACGUGGUGGAGCGCUGGCUGAAGGAGCUGUACGACCACGCCGAGGCCACCAUCAUCGUCAUGCUGGUGGGCAACAAGACAGACUUAGCCCAGGCCCGUGAGGUGCCGACCGAGGAGGCCAAGAUGUUUGCAGAAAACAAUGGGCUUCUGUUCAUCGAGACGUCUGCGCUGGACUCCACAAACGUCGAGCAGGCCUUCGAGACCAUACUGAGAGACAUUUUCAACAAAGUGCAGAAGCAGCAGCAGAGAAGCCCCCAGGACAACACGGUGUCGCUCUCCAGCGAGAACCCCCACGGCGCCUCCCAGACCCCGGAGGAGAAGCGAGCGUGCUGCGUGAGCCUCUGAGAGCAGGGGUGGGAGCCGGCCCGGGACUCGCCGUGGAGGCACGAGCCCCUCCAUCUGCUUUGCUUUCUGACCAGGGGGAAUGCCCGUCCCCUCCCUCAACGCCCCGUAAUUGCACCAAGCCAGGCCGGGGCUGGGCGACGGAAACAAGUCUGCAAUUGAUCGGUCCCUUCGCAAAGCUGUUACCCACCCCACACCUUGCAGGCAGCACCACUAGAGAAGGGGAUGCUGCAUACCCAGACCUCUGCCCCCUGGAGUCUGCCAAGCCACAGCAGGGGGAAUCUAGGUGGGAGGGGGUCAGCUAGCCAAACUUCCCCCCUAGCAGAGAGGGAGUCAGCCAUAGGAUCACACCCAUCUAUCUUAGUUACCUGAUCCCAUUACCACAGUGUCAGAGCAUCUUUUUAAAUGCAUUUAUCCUCGCAACCCUCUGUGGGAUAGGGCAGUGCUAUUAUCCCCAGUGUACAAAUGGGGAAACCGAGGCACAGGGAGACUAGGUGACAUGCCCAGGGUCACACAGGGCAUCUGUGGCAGAGCUGGGAAUUGAACCUGGGUCUCCCAAGUUCCAGGCUAGCGCCUUAACAGCUUGGCAGUCCUUCCUCUCUUCCUGCAGCCAUGAGGUUUCAAGGAAGGAAUUUAAAUAUCAGUAUAUUGGUCUGAUCCUGCCAUUGGAUCCACACAUGCUCCGAAUCUGGCCUCAAUGCCGCUCAGCUCAGUGGGGCUUGCACCAGAUUCACACAGCUGCGUCUGAGGUCAGAAUCCAGCCCUCCCUGUCGAAGUCAGUGGAGGGUGCGGCCACAUGGCUCCAAUUCCAGGAUCGGAGCCAAGAUUUUCACCCAGAUGCUGCUGCUUUAAACAUCCUGUCCAUUUCGCUGUCUCCCAUAACCUGUUCGUUCACCUAGUGGCAUGCAUACCUUACCGCUGUCCUCGCCCCUGGGUACCGAAUCGCUUUCUCUGAAUAGACAGCCUCUAAAAAUACACCCUGUACAGAAUGGCAAUACAGGAGUGAAGAGGAAGCAGACAUCUCUAGUUCCAGGGCUUGGGUUGCCUAAUUAGUCUUACCUUGUGCUUCAGCCUUGCUUUAAGGUCUGAGAUCUUGGAGAUGGGAGGGUGAAAUUGAGAGAGGAACUCUGUUAAAAUAACUCAGUAAAGGGCUUGGAUUUCAGAGGGGCUGAGCAUGCCUCCAGCUGGAAUUGUGACCACCUCACCAAAUCAUCCCUUCCAUCAAUAUACACUGAACAUGGGGCAACUGACUUCUGGCUGCUAUGGACUUGACCCAAAGCCCCUUGAUGUCACCAGGGAUCUCCCCAUGGAGUUCAGUGGGCUUUGGAUCCUGUUUAUAGAGAAGGAAGUUGCGGAGGAGGAAGGGUUUGCCUGUAAUUAAGGGUUGAACGUCUGAGUUCUUCACGGACUUCAACUGGAUUGUGAUCUCUGGGCAACCUGGGGAAGCCGGAGUCAUGUGCCGAUUUCACUGGAGCAAAUCUACAGACACCAGAAUCUGGCCCUAAUGUCAUUGAAGUCAAUGGGCUAUGUCUCAGCUGGUGUAAACUGGCAAAACUCCACCCAAGUCAUGCCGAUAUACACCCGCCAGGUGGGUUGACUCUGGCUCCGUGUAUGUCAAUGUGUCUGAGAUCAGACUCGGCCCACCGCCACUGGAGUUAGUGGGUUGACUCUGGAUUUGCAAAGGUGUAUCUGGGAUCAGAAUCUGGCCAAUUGGAGGCUGCGGGGGUGCCUCUGGAUUUACACCAGUGCAAUUUAACUCAUCAGGGCAGAUUCUGUGCUGAGACAGAAACACUAAAUCCCUGUUACGCCUCUCAUACUUGUCUAAACAUGGCUUUUGCCUGCUGUUAAUCUAACCGCAGCAUCUUGUGACCAUCUGAAUUCAGUGGGAAUUAUUUAUAUGAUCGCUGGAGCAGGGCUGGAUCUUUUUGUACAGAUUGUCUCACGAGCAGCCCUGGCGAGGGAGUGUGCGUGAUGCGAUGGACUAUAGGACCGUGACCCAAACAUUAAA